AUGGCGGAGCGCGGACAGCAGCCUCCUCCCGCGAAACGGCUCUGCUGCCGGCCGGGCGGCGGAGGCGGUGGCGGCGGCGGCGGGGCCAGCAGCGGCGGCGGAGGAGCGGGUGGCGGCUACAGCUCUGCCUGUCGGCCGGGCCCGCGGGCGGGCGGCGCGGGGGCGGCGGCGGCGGCGUGCGGGGGCGGCGCAGCGCUGGGGCUGCUGCCGCCGGGCAAGACCCAGAGCCCCGAGUCACUGCUGGACAUCGCGGCGCGCAAGGUGGCUGAGAAGUGGCCGUUCCAGCGCGUGGAGGAGCGCUUUGAGCGCAUCCCGGAGCCGGUGCAGCGCCGCAUCGUCUACUGGUCCUUCCCCCGCAGCGAGCGGGAGAUCUGCAUGUACUCGUCCUUCAACACCGGCGGCGGCGCCGCGGGCGGCCCCGGAGAAGACAGCGGCGGCCCCGGCGGCGCGGGCGGCGGCGCGGGCGCGCAGGCGGCGGGCGGCUCCUCGUCCUCGCCGGCCGCCACCUCGGCCGCCGCCGCCGCUGCCGCCGCCGCCGCCGCCGCCGCUGGGGCCGGGGCCCCGUCGGCGGGGGCCGCCGGGUCGGCGGACGGCGGAGACGAGACACGGCUGCCCUUCCGCCGGGGCAUCGCGCUGCUGGAGAGCGGCUGCGUCGACAAUGUCCUGCAAGUCGGUUUCCACUUGAGUGGCACAGUGACAGAACCUGCAAUACAAUCGGAGCCAGAAACUGUUUGUAACGUGGCCAUCAGCUUUGAUCGUUGCAAGAUUACCUCAGUGACCUGCAGCUGUGGAAACAAGGACAUAUUUUAUUGUGCCCAUGUUGUGGCACUGUCUUUAUACCGCAUCCGCAAGCCAGAUCAGGUCAAAUUGCAUCUUCCCAUAUCAGAGACUCUCUUUCAAAUGAAUAGAGACCAACUACAAAAGUUUGUACAGUAUUUGAUCACAGUGCACCACACAGAAGUUUUGCCAACUGCUCAAAAAUUGGCAGAUGAAAUUCUUUCCCAGAAUUCAGAAAUCAACCAAGUUCACGGUGCUCCUGAUCCAACAGCAGGUGCUAGUAUAGAUGAUGAAAACUGCUGGCACUUAGAUGAAGAGCAGGUUCAAGAACAGGUUAAACUGUUCCUUUCCCAGGGCGGGUACCACGGAUCAGGGAAGCAGCUUAAUUUGCUCUUUGCAAAGGUGCGGGAGAUGUUGAAGAUGAGGGACUCAAAUGGGGCCCGAAUGUUGACUUUGAUAACAGAGCAGUUCAUGGCCGACCCUCGUCUGUCACUUUGGAGGCAACAAGGCACUGCAAUGACUGACAAAUAUAGGCAGCUCUGGGAUGAGCUGGGUGCUCUGUGGAUGUGUAUAGUUUUAAAUCCCCACUGCAAGUUGGAGCAGAAGGCCAGCUGGCUAAAACAGUUGAAAAAGUGGAAUGGUGUUGACGUCUGUCCAUGGGAAGAUGGAAAUCAUGGCAGUGAAUUACCUAACUUAACCAAUGCUCUGCCUCAGGGUGCGAAUGCUAACCAAGAUUCAUCGAACAGGCCACAUCGGACAGUGUUCACCCGAGCCAUCGAGGCAUGCGAUCUCCACUGGCAGGACAGCCACUUGCAGCACAUUAUCAGCAGUGACCUGUACACCAACUACUGUUACCAUGACGACGCUGAAAACUCCCUCUUUGACUCCCGCGGGUGGCCCCUCUGGCAUGAACACGUUCCUACAGCCUGUGCACGAGUGGAUGCAUUACGUUCUCAUGGGUACCCCAGAGAAGCACUGAGACUAGCAAUAGCUAUUGUUAACACGUUAAGACGGCAGCAACAGAAACAGCUGGAAAUGUUCCGAACUCAAAAAAAAGAGCUACCCCAUAAAAGCAUAACCUCAAUAACCAAUCUGGAGGGCUGGGUUGGACACCCCCUGGACCCCGUGGGCACUCUUUUCAGCAGCCUGAUGGAAGCCUGCCGCACUGAUGAUGAAAGCUUCCCUGUGUUCUCAGAUUUUACAGAGAAUAUGGGACAGUGCAAGUCUCUGGAAUACCAGCAUCUACCUGCACACAAAUUCUUAGAAGAAGGGGAAUCCUAUUUAACGCUAGCUGUGGAAGUAGCCCUAAUAGGGCUGGGACAGCAGCGUAUUAUGCCUGAUGGGCUGUAUACCCAAGAGAAGGUUUGCCGGAAUGAGGAGCAGCUCAUUUCCAAGCUUCAGGAAAUUGAAUUGGAUGACACACUGGUGAAAAUUUUCCGCAAGCAAGCAGUCUUCCUAUUAGAAGCCGGACCAUAUAGUGGUUUAGGCGAAAUAAUCCAUCGGGAGAGCGUUCCAAUGCACACAUUUGCCAAGUAUCUCUUCACCUCUCUCCUACCUCAUGAUGCUGAAUUGGCAUACAAAAUUGCACUGAGAGCAAUGCGGUUGCUAGUGUUGGAAUCCACUGCUCCAGCGGGAGACCUCACCCGUCCACACCACAUGGCAUCUGUUGUUCCCAACCGGUACCCUCGUUGGUUCACUCUAAGCCACAUAGAAUCCCAGCAGUGCGAGCUGGCAUCCACUAUGCUCACUGCAGCCAAAGGUGAUGUUCGGAGGCUAGAAACAGUAUUAGAAUCCAUCCAGAAAAACAUUCACUCCUCAUCCCACAUCUUCAAGCUUGCCCAAGAUGCAUUUAAAAUAGCAACUCUCAUGGACAGUUUGCCAGACAUCACUCUUUUGAAGGUGUCUCUGGAGCUGGGCCUGCAGGUUAUGCGAAUGACACUGUCAACCUUAAACUGGCGCCGGCGGGAGAUGGUCAGGUGGCUGGUAACGUGUGCUACUGAAGUGGGUGUUUAUGCCCUGGACAGCAUCAUGCAGAGCUGGUUUACGCUUUUUACUCCCACUGAAGCCACAAGUAUUGUUGCAACCACCGUGAUGUCCAACAGCACCAUCGUCCGCCUCCACCUGGACUGCCACCAGCAGGAAAAGCUGGCCAGCAGCGCCCGGACACUUGCAUUGCAGUGCGCUAUGAAGGACCCUCAGAACUGUGCCCUCUCCGCGCUGACCCUGUGUGAAAAGGAUCACAUAGCUUUUGAGACGGCGUACCAAAUUGUUCUUGACGCUGCUACAACUGGCAUGAGCUACACCCAGCUCUUUACAAUAGCACGGUACAUGGAGCACCGCGGGUACCCCAUGAGGGCCUACAAGCUGGCCACCCUGGCCAUGACCCAUCUUAACCUGAGCUACAAUCAGGACACGCACCCUGCCAUUAAUGACGUUUUGUGGGCCUGUGCGCUUAGCCACUCCCUUGGUAAAAAUGAGCUUGCAGCUAUAAUACCUCUGGUGGUCAAGAGUGUCAAGUGUGCAACGGUACUGUCAGACAUUUUGCGCAGAUGCACUCUGACCACUCCUGGCAUGGUGGGACUUCACGGAAGGAGGAACUCUGGUAAGCUCAUGUCACUGGACAAAGCCCCCUUGAGGCAACUCUUGGAUGCCACAAUCGGGGCCUACAUCAACACGACACACUCACGGCUCACACACAUCAGUCCUCGGCACUAUAGUGAGUUUAUAGAGUUCCUCAGCAAGGCCCGAGAGACCUUCUUAAUGGCGCAUGAUGGACACAUUCAGUUUACACAGUUCAUCGACAACCUGAAACAAAUCUACAAAGGCAAAAAGAAACUGAUGAUGUUGGUUCGGGAGAGGUUUGGUUGAUAGAACUUGUAUGA